AUGCUUUUCAUGUUUGCAGUCUUGGUAACUGUCACUUCUGCAGUUGCAAGUCUGCUUGCCAGGCUGUCCCUUGAGGUGCCUGCCUGUCCCCGUGUGGGGACUGUCUCGUACAACACCUCCAGCCCUGACCAGGGGCUAUUUCCUUGGACCAGGGUUGAUCUCUGUUAUGAUGACAGCUCAAUCAAAUUCAACUUCACUGCUUUUGAUGAGAAGGACUUCUAUUACAAUCAAAGCCUCACCACCAAUGGAGAGAUAUACAACUACAAGGUGAUGGAAGCAUUCCUUGUACCAUUGUGGAUCCAACAACCCUCAGACUUACCGCUCGAGGUCACGCCAAAUAACGUUACAUUCCAGGCCUUCAACGGUAUUACUGCCACAACAACUCUCGACCACGCCGACGAGUUAUGGGUGUCUAACGUCCAAAUCCCACAUGGUCUAUUCAACCUUGACGCCGGGGAAGCCGGUGGAACAGAAUGGCGAAUGAACUUUUUUCGCACAGUUACAGGUCCAACGACGUUCCCUGCCCAGACCUUUGGAUCUUGGAGCCCCCCUGACCAGGUCAACUUCCAUAUUACUCCUUUCUUUGGACACGCCACCUUUGUCUAA